AAGGAGAAGGAAGAUUGAAGAAAUGUCCUGGUGGAGAUAGUCGUCAGUACAAGAAGAACAAACCGCAAGAUCGCUGUAGAUCAGGUGGAAAGUUCAAAAGCAGAACGAAUCGAGACGAGUGUGCGCCAGUACAUACUCUGUUAUGUUUAUACCGUUGUUUUUAUUCGAAAGAUAAACAAAUGUUCGUACGUCUAAGAUAUGAAGUUCCCAUAACAGUACUUUAUAUUAGAGAACGGAUACCUCUCAGUUCUUUCGUGAAAAUUUUCCCACGAUCUUAACUAGUUCGCGUAAAAUUGACAAUAUAUACAAAUGUGAGAAACUGCAGUGAUAUUUUCUUACGAAUAUGUGAAAUAUGUUUACUAACAUUUGGAUUAUAUCCUUGUUUCUUAUGAUCCAAGAGGGAUCCAUGGAAAAUUUCACCCAAGGUUGUGGAGAUCCCGUCUGCCUAAAAUGUGGUCGAUCAGGAUGUGUCAAAUGUCCGCAUAUGAUUAUGUUUCCCACGAGAAAGUGCGUCGACUCUUGUCCAUUCGGCCACAAACCAUCCUGGAGUACCUAUACCGAAUAUAUGGGGCUCAUCUGCAUACCUAACGGCAAUUUUAUGGGCCUAUCCUACGAUCUCUUGGCCAUCAUAGCAGGAAUCCUAACUGGGACCAUAAUCUGUCUGAUUUUCAUUGCUGGAACGCUGCUCUACUUCAAGUACAGACGGAAGAAAACGUCACAGAGCAUAGAAUCCUCCAGCGACAUAGAAGAUUCGCUAGAGAAACGCAGGGAGUUUUUCAAGCAACUGGAGGGUUUCAGGCCUUACGCUCAAAUUUUCUUGGACAUGCUGAAUGAUACUAGAAAAAGAAUUAGGGAUUUGUCGACUGAUGGCGAUCACGGCGCCAUUCAGGCUUACAGACCUGUUGUGAGGGAUCUGACGAAGAUCCUCAUCUUGCUCAAUAGAAAUCCGGAACAGAUUACAGUGCCGGACGAUUGGGAAAAUCUUCUUGCCUGGGCAGAACAGACUCUACAACGUUACAAACGAAUCAGUGGUUGUUCUCAAGGACAAGUAAGUCAGCUUGUCAAUUUUCUACAAAAGCCAGCGAUCAUAGAGCAGGAGUCCACAGAGGACCUUAAGGGAUCAACCACUAUGUCAACCUUCAAACCAGAUCAACCCCUCACAGCUUCCACAAGCCUUCAAGACAUCGUUGUGCAUAAUUUCAAUUCGAAUUAUGAUUCAAGAUGUCUACCUUCCUUCAAUCCACAAUGGAAAUUUCAGUAUUCCUUGGUUUCAAGCAACGCGCCGACCACAGAAUUUAACCCAUCUCUAUGGAAGAACAGCAAAGAAUAUCUCAACAGUACGUGGCUGGUUGACGAUGACUUCUUGCAGUUGGGUUUUAGGCCUCAGGAUGAAAUUACGACUGAGUUAUAACCAAGUAUUUUGGUACUACCAGAUUUGCUAGUCAUUAGAUUUGUAAAUUUUAUAUUUAUAUUAUAGUUACUUAAAUAUAUUUUUGAGAUUC